AUGUCAUCAUCCUCACAGACAUAUACCAUGUCGUCCCGCUCGGCAGGACCUCUCCCGUCACCUGCGAGUUCGCCACGACCGACAUAUUUCGCUACACUCCCAUCACAAGCGAACAACAUGAACGCCGCACAACUACAACAGCAACAACAGCAGAUGCGCCAGCAGCAGCAGCAACAAGAGCAACAAUAUCAAAUGCUCCAGCAGCAACAACAGCAACAGCAACAAAUGCAACAGCAACAACAGCAACAACGCCAACAACCACACAUGACGGCGGCCUACAUCGGUCAGCGUGGCCACAACGGAGGCGUACCCAACACAGCGCAAUAUCUGCAAGACUUCAGCCUCCUCGCGGAAGCCGCCAAGCGCGCAGAGAUGGCCUGUCUGGCAAGAGACCUCGGUGACUGUGGACUAUGA